UCGAUCACAUCGGAGCUUCUACACACUUCCGAAGAACUUUUAUCCGUCCACAAUGAAAACAAAAGUUCAUAGUAAUUUGUUAAAACAGCAAACAAUACACGUAAAUCCUAUUCAAGAAUAUCGGAAACGUACAGAUGUAGCUUUUAUUGUUAUAUUUGGAAUAAUAUUUUGGUUUUGGAUCAGUAUUACAUUUCAAGCUCUAGUGUAUCCUACAGUAUUUGAAUUCAUAAAUGAGUGUGACUUGGAUUGUGCUGUCAUAGAUAAGAAAGGAUAUAUUCUGUUUGAUGUUGAAGACAUUGAAUUGAAUUUUACAUGGAUUUUUCUAUUAUGCACCGUGGUUGCUGGUAUAGUAGCAAUUGUAUAUAUGUUUCUUCUGUUCCAACCGAAAAUAGGCUAUGCUAUAAUAUACAUCGCAGUAAUAAUACUUUUUUCUUCGAUAUUCACAAAUUUUACAGGAAUGAUUAUGUUAUUUAAAGGAUACAGUUAUACGAUCAUUAUCUUAUUUUCACUUUUCUUGUUACUGUAUAUAGUUUAUCAAACAGUCGUUCUUUAUUGUUUUGGCAAAGUAGGAGUAAAACCAAUACUCAAAAUAAUUGAAGACUCCUGUCGAACAUUACUAUUUUAUCCAUCAUGUUUAUUAUUCGUACUUUUUAUGUCUGUUUUAAUAAUUUUGAUAUUCAGUCUUUCACUUUAUGCAUUGAAACAUAUUCCGACAUAUUACGUACGAAAAUCUCACAUUGUAACAUACUACGCCAUAGAAAUAUUUGGUGCCAUCGUUGUUGUAGGAUUCAUUACAAACUUUACUCAAUUAGUAAUUUCUGGAUUUGUCAUUGAUUGUUUUUGGACCACAAAUAAAAAUUUAGUAUUAGGGUUUUCUGUUAAAAAAAAUAUUAAAAGAGCUUUAAGCUAUCAUAUGGGAACAGUAUCCUUUGGAUCAAUACCACUACUACCAAACGUUUGUGCUAUUAUACAAGCUUGUUGCUGCGAAAGUGAUACUGAUGGAAUUCCGAAAAAUGAUAAUAUUUUCAUAAGAUUUUUCAGCCAGGUUAGUUUGAUAAUUAACAUAAGAGAUUUCGCAUUGAUACAAACGACAAUUUAUGGAUCUAACUACACGAAUUCAAUAAUAACAGCUAUUGAUUUAGCAUCGCAAAAUUCCAAAUUAAAUUUAGCCGUAAUAGAGAUAUCCAAUGUCAUUGUUAUGAUUGGAAUUGUGCUGACAAUAUUGCCAUUUGAAGUUGAAAAACUCUAUUUUGCCAUGUACUCUAUUCCGGUUCCUUAUUUCAUAAUACUGAUAACUGCAUUUCGUUCAUUACUAGUAAAUCAGAUGAUAAUGCAAAAUACAUCGAAACCUACGAAAAGGUUGAUAGUUGCACAAAAAUCUUCAACGCCACCAAUGUAUUAUGUGUGAUAAUUGUCUGUGAUAGAUUUAAAAUAUAAUAAUAAUAGUUUUGAAAGUACAAUACAAUAUGUUCCACAUCUGUAUUUUUUAAAGAUACCAGUGGUAUUCAACAUAAUUGUUAUGUAACA